CGGAGAAGGGGCGGUCCGCGCGGUGCCCCCGCCUUCUGCCGCCUGUAACAACGGUGCACAGUGAGACCACGCCGGUGCCGAGUGCGGAAGAGCCUCGAGACCGCUGCUACCAUGGCGCUCAUUCUCUCCCACCUGAUCGAAGCGUGCUCGCCGUACAUUCCCGUGCUGAUCUUCUUGGUGGCCAUCGCCGUGCUGUUGGGCGACCGAUCUCAGCGGACGAGGAUCCUGCGAAAGAUCCCCGGCCCGCCGGCAUACCCGCUGCUCGGCAACCUGCCGGACAUGCCGCGGAACACGCGCGAGAUCGUGCCGGUGAUGCGACGUCUUUGCGAGCGUUUCCCGGGCGUCAUGCAUACCAGUCUCGGCUCAAUCCACUACGUGGUCGUGUCUUCAGCCGAGGCUGCGGAGCCGGUCCUGGGCAGCAAGCGCUUUCUGGACAAGGGCAUCGACUACGGUCCGGUGCGACCCUGGCUGGGCCUUGGUCUGCUCACCAGCACCGGUGACAAGUGGCACACGCAUCGCAAGCUCAUCACGCCCGCCUUCCACUUCGCCGUCCUGGAGCCGUACCUGGAGGUGAUGAAUGAGUGCAGCGGCGCGCUCGUGCGGCGACUGCGAGCAGCCGGCACCGGUUUCAUCAACGUCUGGCCGUUUAUCUCGGACGCCACGCUAGACGUUAUUUGUGAGACGGCAAUGGGCGUGAACCUCAGCUUCCAGUCGGGAUCUGCUUCCGAGUACAAGGCCGCCCUGCAGACUAUGGGAAACAUCAUUCACAUGAAAUCCCUCAGGCCUUGGCUAAGGAACGAUUCCAUAUUCUGGCUCCUAGGUUGGAAGCAUACCCAGGACAAGGCGCUCAACUUUUUGCACUCAUUUACGCAGUCGGUGAUUAGGGAGAGGAAGAUGCUACUAAAAGAGGGCAUGAACACGCCCAGUGAAACACCAAGCAGGAAGCGCUUGGCGUUCCUGGACCUGCUGCUGUCCAGCGCAAAGAAUGGAGCUCUUUUGACUGAUGAAGAAAUCCGCGAGGAGGUGGACACAUUCAUGUUCGAAGGCCAUGAUACAACAUCGUCAGGAAUCACUUGGGCGCUGUUUAACAUCGGCAGGAUGCCGGAGGUGCAGCGUAAGAUCCACGAUGAGCUGGACGAGGUCAUGGCCGGGCGUGACACGCCGCCGACUAGAGACGACCUGGCCCAGAUGAAGUAUCUGGAAUGGACCAUCAAGGAAUCGAUGCGCGUCUGCCCUCCCGUGACCACCUACUCCCGAACGCUGCCCGAGGCGGCUCAGAUCCUGGGCUACGACGUGCCGGCGGGCACGGACGUGCUCUUCUUCCCGCACAUGAUCCACCGUGACCCGCGCCACUGGGCCGACCCGGACCGGUUCGAGCCGGAGCGUUUCCAGCCGGAGCGCUCCGCCGGCCGGCACCCCUACAGCUACCUGCCCUUCUCGGCCGGGCCGCGCAACUGCAUCGGCCAGAGGUUUGCGCUCAUGGAGGAGAAGGCCGUCAUCUCGGCCGUGCUCAGGGAGUUUCGCGUCGAGUCGCGCCGCCAGUACGACGAGAGCAUGAUGAACGUCUGCCUCACGCUUCAGAGCAAUGGCCCGGUCGAGGUGCGGUUCGUUCCGCGUGACCGCGAGUGACUCGCGGCAGUCGUUUGCAGCGCUGCGCGUGCCUCUGGGAAGAUGUACUCGACGUCGGGUUUAAAUCAGGGUAAAUUUUCAGAACUGUGUGUGUGUGCUGCUAGGUCUUGGAAGCGUGUGUGCGUGGGUGCGUGUGUGUGUGUAUGUGUGUGCACGCCUGUGCCUGACCUUCCUUGGCAAUGUUUGUGGCUGUCAGGAGGCGUUCCCGGCACCUUGCACGGCAUGCGGUGGAGUUGUCUUUGGAUGUUUGCCACCGUAUGUAACACUUGAAAAACGUGGCUCGCGCAGUACUCUGCUCC